CCUGUUGCCAAUAUCUUCUAUCAUUGCAAUUUUCAUCUUCUAAUCCUCGUACACUCAUUGAUCGUCUUACUCCUUGUAUCCACGUUGUUCUUGGCCUUCUUCUUUUCCUGUUUUCUGUAGGUAUCCAUUUCAUAAUUUUCUUUAGAAGUCUCUCCUCCCCCAUUCUCUGAACAUGUCCGUACCACGUUAAUUGUUUCUUCUCAACGCAUCUAUGACCGUUUCCUGUAAAUUCAUUCUUCGCUUUACUUACUCAUUUCUAACCCGGUCAAAUCUCGAUGUUCUACUUGCUCUUCUUAGGGCGUCCAUCUCGGUAGCUUCUAUUUUACUUUUUUGGUGUUCCUUUACUCUCCAUGUUUCGGAUCCGUAUACCAAUGUGCUCUUAAUCAUGCUGUUGUAUAUUCUCAUUUUUCUUUGUUUCCCUAUCUUGGUACUCCACAAAACUCCGUUCAAUGAUUUAAUUAUAUCUCUAAUUAUCGUUCUUUCUUUAUUUACUCUGCUCUUAAUUUCUGCGUCUUCCGUAUCUUCUUUGCUGAAAUUAAUUCCCAAAUACUUAUAUUUAUCACAGCUAGUUAUUUUCUGAUUAUAUUGUCCAGUAUCAUAUCAGUUGAAUCUUCACUUAGGCAUAAAUAUUGUGUUUUUUCUACAUUCAUCUGCAUAUUAUAUUAUAUAUUUAUGAAAGUUAAUAAUAGCCGGAAAAUUUAGUGUUGUCUAAAUAGUAAGUAAAUUUAAUUUAUUUUCAGAGCACGAAAUUGGGCAAUGUUGUGCCAGAGAGAAGAUUUGUUAAAUAAAACAAACUUAAAUUUGAACAGAUUAUGCAGUGUGCAUUUUGAAAAUACUAUGUUUUCAAAUAAAACUCGGAACAGGUUAUGUAAAAACGCAGGACCACGUUUAUUUCCUUCAAUAGAAGACAGUCCAAACCAACAUUCAAAUGUUGAUCAAGAUGGUGAAAACAGUUUUGAUCCAGUAAAUGAGGAAGAUGAGGAACAACGGGAAGAAUUAGCUACCGUACCGCUAGGUGGAGAGGACGACAGCGAAGUUGUUCUACAAAAAAAUCAACAAACUCAAACUUUUUAAAGUGUAUCGACCUAUAGCCCUAAAAAAACAAGCCAAGAAAGACUAUAAAGAAAUUGCAAAACAAGAAUUUUCAAUUAACGUUGGACGAAUUACAAACAAGCGUUACGACGCGGUAAAUUUGAAUUACUCCUCCUGGUUUAAAAACAGAGUAUAGUAAUGCCGUGAGAGCUUCGAGAUUAACCUCCUUUUUAUUUGACGUUUAUAUGACGUGUACAAUAUAUUAAAAACCAUUGAGAUUUAAAACUUACGCA